GAGCCGAGCUGAGCCAGGGAGGGAUGGAGAGCGGGCCGCCCGGGCUGCAGGAGCACCGGCGCGGGGCGUAGGCGGGCGAGAGGCGGGCGCUCGGGCACAAGAAGUGAACGGGCGCAGGAGCACUUUGCGAUAGGAUGAGGUUCUUGGCUGGCGCGCGGUAGUACUAUGAUUUGGUAUGUGGCCACUUUGAUAGCAAGUGUGAUCAGCACCCGAGGUCUUGCGGCUCAAGGUGCCCACGGCCUUCGAGAGGAGCCCGAGUUUGUGACUGCUCGAGCUGGUGAGGCUGUUGUCCUGCGAUGCGACGUGAUCCACCCGGUGACGGGACAGCCCCCACCCUAUGUUGUAGAGUGGUUCAAGUUUGGGGUUCCCAUCCCUAUCUUCAUCAAGUUUGGCUACUACCCCCCACACGUGGACCCUGAGUAUGCAGGCCGGGCCAGUCUUCAUGAUAAAGCAUCUCUACGGCUGGAGCAGGUGCGCUCCGAGGACCAGGGCUGGUACGAAUGCAAAGUGCUUAUGCUGGACCAGCAGUAUGACACCUUCCACAAUGGCAGCUGGGUCCAUCUCACCAUCAACGCCCCUCCUACCUUUACAGAAACACCCCCCCAGUACAUUGAGGCCAAGGAGGGUGGAAGUAUUACCAUGACCUGCACAGCUUUUGGGAACCCCAAGCCCAUCGUCACCUGGCUCAAGGAGGGGACCCUUCUCGGUGCUAGUGGAAAGUACCAGGUGAGUGACGGCAGCCUGACUGUGACAUCAGUCAGUCGGGAGGACAGAGGCGCCUAUACUUGUCGAGCUUACAGCAUUCAGGGCGAGGCUGUGCACACAACCCACCUGCUUGUUCAAGGGCCUCCCUUCAUUGUUUCCCCUCCUGAGAACAUCACCGUCAACAUCUCCCAGGAUGCUCUGCUUACCUGCCGAGCAGAGGCGUAUCCUGGCAACCUCACCUACACCUGGUACUGGCAGGAUGAGAACGUCUACUUCCAGAAUGACCUGAAGCUGAGGGUGCGGAUCCUGAUUGAUGGGACACUGAUCAUUUUUCGGGUAAAGCCAGAGGAUGCUGGGAAGUACACCUGUGUCCCUAGCAACAGCCUGGGGCGCUCCCCCUCAGCCUCGGCAUACCUGACUGUGCAGUACCCAGCCCGAGUCCUCAACAUGCCCCCUGUAAUUUAUGUGCCCGUGGGAAUCCAUGGCUAUAUCCGCUGCCCUGUGGAUGCAGAACCGCCUGCCACCGUGGUGAAGUGGAAUAAGGAUGGCCGCCCUCUACAGGUUGAGAAGAACUUGGGUUGGACCUUGAUGGAGGAUGGCUCCAUUCGCAUUGAGGAGGCCACAGAGGAAGCCCUUGGCACUUACACCUGUGUGCCUUACAACACCUUGGGAACCAUGGGCCAGUCUGCCCCUGCGAGACUUGUCCUGAAGGAUCCCCCGUAUUUCACGGUGCUACCAGGCUGGGAGUACAGGCAGGAGGCUGGCCGGGAGCUGCUUAUCCCCUGUGCAGCAGCAGGGGACCCCUUCCCUGUCAUUACCUGGAGAAAGGUAGGGAAGCCCAGUAGAAGCAAGCACAAUGCCCUGCCCAGCGGGAGCCUCCAGUUUCGUGCCCUGAGUAAGGAGGACCACGGGGAGUGGGAAUGUGUCGCCACCAAUGUGGUCACGAGCAUCACUGCCAGCACUCACCUCACUGUCAUCGGCACCAGUCCUCAUGCCCCAGGCAGUGUCCGGGUCCAGGUCUCCAUGACAACUGCCAAUGUGUCCUGGGAGCCAGGCUAUGAUGGAGGCUACGAGCAGACAUUCUCAGUUUGGUACGGACCUCUGAUGAAGCGGGCUCAGUUUGGGCCCCAUGACUGGCUGUCCUUGUCAGUGCCACCGGGCCCCAGCUGGUUGCUAGUGGAUACUCUGGAGCCUGAGACUGCAUACCAGUUCAGUGUCCUCGCCCAGAACAAGCUGGGAACCAGCGCCUUCAGUGAGGUGGUCACUGUGAACACUUUAGCAUUCCCUAUUACAACUCCAGAACCCCUGGUGCUGGUUACCCCACCAAGGUGCCUCACAGCCAACCGGACCCAGCAGGGCGUGCUCCUGUCCUGGCUCCCACCUGCCAACCACAGCUUCCCCAUUGAUCGCUACAUCAUGGAGUUCCGAGUUGGGGAGCGUUGGGAGAUGCUAGAUGAUGGCAUUCCAGGCACUGAUGGAGAGUUUUUUGCCAAGGAUCUGUCACAGGAUACCUGGUAUGAGUUCCGGGUUCUGGCUGUCAUGCAGGAUCUGAUCAGCGAACCCAGUAACAUCGCCGGUGUCUCCAGUACAGACAUCUUCCCACAGCCGGACCUGACUGAUGACGGGCUCGCCCGGCCUGUAUUGGCUGGCAUCGUGGCCACCAUCUGCUUCCUGGCAGCUGCCAUCCUCUUCAGUACUCUGGCUGCCUGCUUUGUCAACAAGCAGCGCAAGCGCAAGCUCAAGCGGAAGAAAGACCCUCCACUCUCCAUUACUCACUGCCGGAAGAGUCUUGAGUCUCCCUUGUCCUCUGGCAAGGUGAGUCCUGAGAGCAUCCGCACACUCCGUGCCCCAUCUGAGUCCUCUGAUGACCAGGGACAGCCUGCAGCUAAGAGGAUGCUGAGCCCUACUCGGGAGAAAGAGCUGUCUUUGUACAAAAAGACCAAGAGGGCCAUCAGCAGUAGGAAGUAUAGCGUGGCCAAGGCCGAGGCUGAGGCAGAGGCUACCACGCCCAUUGAGUUGAUCAGCAGAGGCCCUGAUGGCCGCUUUGUCAUGGGCCCCUCUGAGAUGGAGCCCUCAGUGAAGGGGCGACGCAUCGAGGGCUUCCCCUUCGCCGAGGAGACAGACAUGUACCCUGAGUUCCGGCAGUCAGACGAGGAAAAUGAGGACCCACUGGUACCCACAUCUGUGGCUGCCCUGAAGUCCCAGCUGACUCCUAUGUCUUCCAGCCAGGAGUCCUACCUGCCUCCACCAGCAUAUAGCCCUCGGUUCCAGCCUCGCGGCCUUGAGGGCCCCAGUGGACUGGGAGGUCGCCUCCAGGCUACAGGCCAAGCACGGCCCCCUGCCCCCCGGCCCUUCCACCAUGGCCAGUAUUAUGGGUACCUCAGCAGCAGCAGCCCUGGGGAGGUGGAGCCUCCACCCUUCUACAUGCCAGAAGUGGGCAGUCCCCUGAGCUCGGUCAUGUCAUCCCCACCCUUGCAUACUGAGGGGCCUUUUGGCCACCCCACCAUCCCUGAGGAAAAUGGAGAGAAUGCUUCCAACAGUACUUUGCCCUUGACUCAGACACCUACAGGAGGGCGCUCUCCUGAGCCCUGGGGCCGACCAGAAUUCCCCUUUGGGGGGCUGGAGACCCCAGCGAUGAUGUUCCCCCACCAGCUGCACCCCUGUGAUGUGGCUGAGAGUCUACAGCCCAAGGCCUGUCUGCCCCGAGGACUGCCCCCCACCUCCCUCCAGAUGCCUGCAGCCUACCCAGGCAUGCUGUCUCUGGAGGCACCAAAGGGCUGGGUAGGCAAGUCACCUGGCAGGGGCCCCAUUCCGGCGCCCCCUACCGCCAAGUGGCAGGACAGACCUAUGCAACCUUUGGUCAGCCAAGGGCAGCUAAGACAUACCAGCCAAGGUAUGGGCAUACCCGUGUUGCCUUACCCGGAGCCAGCUGAGCCCGGGGGGCAUGGUGGCCCCAGCACAUUCGGCCUGGACACCCGGUGGUAUGAGCCCCAGUCCCGGCCCCGGCCCAGCCCCCGGCAGGCCCGGCGAGCCGAGCCCAGUUUACAUCAAGUGGUGCUACAGCCCUCCCGGCUCUCACCUCUGACCCAAAGCCCCCUCAGUUCCCGCACUGGCUCCCCUGAGCUCGCUGCUCGUGCCCGACCUCGCCCAGGCCUCCUACAGCAGGCGGAGAUGUCAGAGAUCACCCUGCAGCCCCCAGCUGCAGUCAGCUUCUCUCGCAAGUCCACUCCGUCCACGGGCUCUCCUUCUCAGAGCAGCCGCAGCGGGAGCCCCAGCUACCGGCCCACCAUGGGCUUCACCACCCUGGCCACAGGCUACCCCUCUCCUCCACCGGGCCCUGCUCCUGCAGCACCAGGGGACAACAUGGAUGUGUUUGGACAGACUCCUUCCCCCCGGAGGAUGGGGGAGGAGAUACUCCGGCCAGAGCCCCCAACAACAUUACCUACUUCAGGAAUACUUCCACCUGCACCCGGGAACGCUGCUGUGCCUGAGAGGCUGGAGGCUCUGAGAUACCAACGGAUAAAGAAGCCCAAAAAGUCAUCCAAGGGCUCUUCGAAGUCAAAGAAACGAUCCGACGGUUCUGCCUCCCAGGCUCAGCAGCUUCCCAACUCUCAGGUUCUGUGGCCCGACGAAGCUGUCUGCCUCCGAAAGAAGAAGAGACACACUCGUCCUGACCCCUUUGCCCGGCUCUCAGACUUGUGCCAUCGUCAGCUUCCAGAAGACCAGACGGCGAUCCUCAACAGCGUGGAUCAUGACGAUCCAGGCCACGCUACUCUGCUAUAACUUAACUUCACUCUAAGUGUCCCCAGGGCAGGGUGCUAGGCUAAGGGGGCAGAGAGGGACAUUGUACGGGGCCUUGUCCUCCUCUGCCCACCAUGGGAUGGCUCAGACUCUUGUCCUGUUUGCAAUCCCUUCUGCCAGUGUGGGCCUUUCCCCCUAGAUCUAGCCGGCUGGCUUCGUCCACAGGGCAGAGGACUGGGGGCAGAGCUUUUGCUUAUGGGUUAGAGUUGGGGAGUGCGUAGGGAAAAGAAAGACAUGUCCUCCACCUUACCUCUCCCUCUUUACUAGAUUGAUUCUUCUCACCUCUUCAAAUGUCUUAGGAAGUGAAGAAGAGGAAAGCAAUGGCUUUUACUGCUGUCUGCUUCUGUUUCUGUUUUCCCAGUCCUGGGAGAGGGUAGCAUUCCACCCUGUCCUCUAGACUCCACAUAUAUAUAGAUAUAGAUACAAAUGCACUUGUGUGUAGUUGGUGGGUUUCUCUAUGUGUAUAUAUAUGUACAUUGAAGCAAAUGCUGUUUCUUUCCUGUGGUCAUUGAAGGAUGGAGGAAGGUAGUGAAAAGCUGAGGUUGGUGAGCAGGACUGGCUAUGAGCUGGUGGGGUGCCCUCAUGCCUGUCUUAGGGGAUCAUUCCAGUUGAAACAGGUUCAUGCCUCUCAACUGGAUUCAGCUUCAUUGUUCUUUCUAGCUUCUCCUAUAGAGAGCAGAAAUGAGGCCCUGCCAUGAUUUCUAGCUCCCUGCUUAGAGAUUUAGCAACAAGUUACCCCUGAAUUAAACACAAGCGUUUAUUGCCUGUUUGCUGGGUGAAGAAAGCAUGGCCAGGCACAAGGCCAGAUCGGCAUCUUUCUUCCUGUCACAGUUUGGCUUACUUCACAGAAAUAGACGUUGCUUAGCAGAGGGUCUGACAGGCAGGCCUGAUAAUACAACCCUUUGCUCAUGUCAUGCAUUAGUCGUUUUUGGUCCAGCCCGGGCCAAGAGCCCUGCGGCCCAAGGUGCUCCUGUCUACAGCCACCUGUGGUGAGCACUAAGCUGCCACAGCUCUAUUUAUACCCGCCUCAGCUUGGCACUCUGGAGCCCUGCCCCCCUGCCGCCAAUUGGCUCCUCCUUUCCUUUUGUGUCUGCUAAUUCUCCAGAUUGAUUAAUUGCAAUUUGUGGGAGCUGCCUGUAGCUCCUUGGCAUACUCUCUAUGUGCUGCCUGCCAACUCUGCUUUGCCCUGGGGUCCUUCUCCACACCCAGGACUCAAUCUCUGGUACAUGAAAUGAAGUAGGGGUACCUCAGAUUACUGAGUUCUGGGGUGCUCUUCCCUCACUGGCCCUCAGUGGGGCUGACUGAGGCACAGAGAUGACGGUGGAAGGAUGGUGGGCAGCACCUGCAUCCUAAUCCUUUCUUAGUUCAAAUCUUGUCCUGGUUGCAACUGUUAGCACCUAGACGCUUUCCUGAUGCCAUUUUCCAACUCAGAUGCUUCUCUUUCCUUCUAUGAGGUUAUGAUGGUACCCAAGCAUAGGGAAGAGGCAGAGAGCAGGGGAGACUGGGGCUGUCCUCACUUUCCCUUUGGCCUAGCCCAGAGUAGCAGAAGCUGCUGACUUCCAGGGAGUAUUCCUUCUUGGUGCUGCUGUUUUGGUGAGUGUGGAGGAUGUGCACCUCUCCCCAGGGACCUGCAUGGACAUUAGCCAUGUCAAAGCACUAGAAGGUAUCUUUUGGUCUCCUGGAGUUGCCAGUUACUUGGCCUAGUGAUUUUGAUCAGAUAUGGCCUCCAGGGGUUGGGAAGCUGGUCAUUUAUCGAACUUCCAUCUUGGGGAAUGGACUGAAUCUCUGAAGUCAGGCCCUGGUGCUUCCUUCUCUCCUAGUGAGCUAGGGACCAAUGCUACACUUGAGGCUUUAACCAUGUAAGCCAAACUACCACAACUCCCUUGUCAACAUGAGUAAAAGAGGUUCACUCUUUUAGAAGUAAAAGAAUUUCUGUUGCUCUAGGAUUAGGCCAUGUACCUUAGACCCUCCAAAUGAUGUAUUUCUCUGGGGUGUUAGAGUCCACUUGGUCACUGGACAGCAACUCUGGUGAAGUAGAAGAGCAAAGUUGGGAGACUGUCCCUUUUUCAGAGGUGGUGCUAUACCUCUGCUGCUGUACCAUGAUGGGCUGUUCGCUUGAGCAUCUCCUGGGGAUAUUGGGAACAAUCCUACCUGAUGUACUGGGAUGAGAUUUGGAGGCUGACAAUGGGCCAGUCUGUGAUCUUCACCUGUCCUCUUGCAACAUGUGAUUCCUGUGCCAGGUCCUGAGAUGGAUUGUAAAAGUAGGGUUUCAGGGCUGGUAAACUUUGGAAUGAAAUUGGCUAACUGUUCUGAGCACCCACCUGGGAAUUCUGGCCCUGAUGCUGCCUGGGCCUUGUGGUUAGAAAAGAGGAGAAGUUGAGGUGGAAGGCUUUGCUUCUUUUGGAUGUUGUUUAUGGACAAGAGCCAAACCUUGUGGGGCAAGGUACCUCAGCCAGUGCAGGCUAGGCUUGCAGGCUGUGCUAACAAAGGUGCUGACUCUUCCUCUUCUUGCCUCUGGCAGUGCCCCUUACCUCAGCUCAGAUGACAAAAUGGUAGAAGCUGUGCUUUUGUGUGGCCGCUGCGUGGCAGCUGUGCUAUGAUAUCUCCAGUGCUGGGAAUGGACAUGAGGUCUACCUAUUUCAAAGUGGCCUCAGACUGGACUCAUUUUCCUCCCAAGCGGUCUUCCUUCUUGUGACUUUUCCUGGAGGCAGUGGCCUUCCUACAGCACUGGAAACUGUUUCAACCCUCCUUUAAUGACUACAGAUGAUAUUGGUGGAAUAUACUCCCCUCCAUCAGGGGAUCAGGGUGUCACAGCAGUCUUUAAGUCCUGGGUGUCGGCACUCAUUUAACAGUCUGAUUAGGAAUAUGUGCAUGAUGGGAUGUAUCUACUUCUAGGGACCAACAUCCUUUAUACUCUGCCUGUGAACUUGGCAAUGACCAAUAUUGGGCUUUCUAGGGCUUUCGCCCUCCUUACUGUGGGAGAUCACAUGUCUUCCAAAUCUCCCCCUUUUGGGUGUGGUAGCCUUACAGAAGCAACUCAGUUCAAACCUAUCCCUGUGCUCAGAAUUUUCUCUACCUUUCCUUCUGCGUCUUGGCUGGAAAUGGUGUCUGUUUCAGUAUUCAAACCACCAACCAGAAAGAGCGUAAAAUGGUUCCCUAAGGGACCAGAAAGACUGCAGUUAUUUAGGGGACAAAGAUGAGCAAUAAGGAGAAGUGGAUCCUGUUUCUUGAUUUGGUGGCUGGCCACCAGAGGGUUUCAUGGCUUUGAGUAGAAUUCUGAGUGGUCAUUGGUGGCCAGUAAGCCAACAUCUAUCUGGUGUUGGCCACAUCUAUUGGCCAUCCAUUCUCUCCCUCCUAGUUUUCUUGGUGGGGCUAGGGCAGGAAAUGAGAAGCAAUCUGGGAUUCUACUGUCUUAAUAGGAAGGAUGCUGCAUUGCAAAGGGUGAGCAGGGCUGCACCCCUCCUCCAGAGCUCUGGGUUAUUCCUUUUGGGGAGAUUCCAGCAGGGUGGUUUAGAACAAUUGCUUCAUUGAUAUUUUUCCAGUGUGCUCUCUAUUUUUGCAUAGUGAUCUAAAAUAAUGUGAGGUUGAACAGAUUUUAGUUGUUUAUUCUUCUACCCUUUUCAUGGAGAGGAAACUGGGUAAGAUUGAGAUGUGGACCCCCCCACCCCCUGAAAGAUUGACAAAUACUAGAUUCAAGGGUGACAUGGACACUGCAGAGCACUAGGACAUCUUUGUCAUGCUCAGGAUUUGAAUCUGGGGCUGAGGUCUGUGCGGCUGGAGCUAUUUGGAUUUUGGUAGUCAAAUCCUUUGGGAGCUUGGAGUGGGUUUGGGAAAUUGUAGAUAAAUACAUUUUAAUGCUAUGUAGAGAACUCUAGGAAAAGAAAAGCUAAUGGUUAAUAUUUGGCUUGCUUUGCUUGCAUGUGAAGAAGCUUUGGGAGGCACUGCAGGAACUUAGGAGCAGUAGGAUGGAGUCAAAAGGCAGAGAUGGGGGGAAUGUGGAGAGGCUUCCCAGAGCUUCCCCUUGGCUUGACCUCACCUGUUGUGUUUUCUCCUAUAUGAAGCCAGAGCAGGCCCUGAUGAGAUUGAGGCUCAGGGCCCCAUUGACCGUCUUUGUCCCUUUGAGAAGAGAUUCAGGAUGUGGCUUAGUGUCCAAUCUUCAUUGAAUACAGUGGUUGUUAGGGCAGAUGUGAUUCAGGAAGGAGAGUUAGAAAGUUGGAGCCUGGAGAGGGUGCCUGCUCUUGGUCAGGUGUAUGAGGCUGAAAGGGAUAGAAUGUCAAAUCAGUUAUGGCAUAUAGGAAUCCUGGGAUAGCCUGGCAAGACCCAAACAGAGGCACAGAGCCUCCAGUUUUCUUUGGGAGAUGAUAACUUAGCCACAACAGUGCAGUAAACACAUUGGGAGACCAUUCCAAGGAAACGAGGGACUGCCUGUGGAGGCAGAAUGAGAAGUCGGGGCAGUGAGGGGCAGAUGUGUCUGGUAUGGGAGGGAUGUAGUCAAUGAGAAAGGUUUCGAUAGGGCCUUAUAAACAGGCCCAGACUGGAUCUUGGAAGAAGUCUUUUGUCUUCACAGGGGUCCCUUGCUUCCUGUGGAAUUGGCCUCUAACCCUGAGUGCCAGACAGACUUAUUUGUCAUCAUGCUCUUCAGCUUUCUCUCUUCGUGGGGCUCCUCAGGCGAAAGCUGGGAGACUGGCCUUCACUGCCAUCCUGACACGAGCUCUUUGCCAAUAAAGAAGGAUUUUUCUCAGGAGCUGUGUUUAUUCUCCUGGACAGCAGUGGAGGAUUGCCUUUCUUCCUCAGCUGUGUUUGAAAAUGCUCACCAGACACUGGUGAUGGUUGUGGAGAGGAGGACCUGGGACCUUGUUUCUGUAUUUGCCACUCUUUUUUCAUGAACUGUAGAGGCUUCCUUUGUCCUGGAGACUACACAGUGGCCUUAUGCCUAGAGGUUGCCUCUUCCUUUGAUAGGAUAAAGUUACCAGACUGUAGCUAGUAGGAGGGUAAAAGAAUUUCACCUGAAAUCAGAGAUCAACCAUUCUGUACUCCUUAAUGUGUCCAACUUCUUCCUGGAUCAAGGGGCCAAACUGACACUCUUUAGAGAAAGCCAGUAAACCAAGAAUCAAAGGCCUGGUUGUAUUCUAGUAACUCUUACCCACUUGGUGUUUGGAUGUGGGUGGUUGCCACUUCUGAUAUUGAAUCAGCAUGAGUCCAGAGCCUUAUUUCUGAGCCCCUGCCUAUACUUACAAAUAAGCCUUACAGGAACAAAUACAGUCAGCACCAGACGUUUGGUGUAUUUGGUUGCUAAGAGGGUAGAAUUUUUUUCACGACCUCAUUUUUAAAUUCGUCAAAAAUUUCCAUUCAAUUGAGUCUGGUCCCACAGACAAUUCUAGAUCCUAAGGGUUCCUUUGUAGAUAAAGAAAAAUUAUGUAUUAAUGCAAAUAUUAUUAAUGGCUGACCAUGCCUAAGAAAAAAAGAAGAGUUGAUAUAUCCUAAUUGCUAAAUAGUUGGGUAGGUCAGCAGCCAGUCACUUGGACAUUUUCUUCUGCAUUGGGUUGAUAGCAGCGGUUAAGGAUCCUGAAGAGAGCCGAUGAGCUGAUGAAUGGUGAUUAGCUUUGGCCUGACUGGGGAAUUCAAUUGAAGCAGUACAAACUCUGCUUGCAGCACUGGCCUUUACUGUCUACCUUUCCCAUCCGACUAUAUGGCAACACAAAUGACUGGGCUUUUGAGUCUUAAAGUAGUGUGUUCCACCAAUCCAAUCAUUUUCCACUGGCACUGGAUUUCCUGAGUCUGUUUUAGGAAGUAGAGCAAGCUCUCCUUCCACCUCACAUUUACACCAAUCAGGCUCCUUUCCUUCCUCUCCUACCUGUGUGUGGCUCUGGUGAUCUCUGGCUGAUGCAUGGUUUACGAUAGUGAUGUGCUUGGGUUGGGGAGACAGUUGGGGAGGACAAUUGGGGAGGGUUGGAUUGGAAAGGGAUUUGCAUUUUCACCCUUAAAAUAUUGUAAGCAUGCUUUUGGGAGAGGUGUGGGGUUUUCACACAAGCUGAUGAUCAGGGCCAAUGCUGCUCAUAUGGGGGAUGUGGAUCUGGGGUUUUUAUUUCCUUCUGGCUUAGGUAUCUAUUAUACUUGGUGGAGGGGACUAAUCUUCACAGUACCUUUAAAACCUUGGGAGACUGUCACUCUAUCACCAAGUAUUUAUUUUGCCUACUGAAAACAAUUGAGCAGUCUUUAAUGGGUUGAUAUUGCCCUCAGUGGGUCAGAGAAAUGGGAUGAUCUCACCUGUCUUUCUACAGGUACAGGUUAUCUGCCUGGUCUUGAACCUCCAGCCAAUUGUUUAUUCCAGUGUUCAGAAGUAAGUGUGGUGGAUGGGUAUGAGUAUCUAUGUGAUGUGUGGUGUGUUCACACAGUAUCUGUGUGUGUGGUGUGUGUUUGUGUUAUGGUAUGUGUUAUAUGGAUGCAAUGUGUAUGUGAGUUUGAUGUGGGUGUGGGUGUGAGAUAAUAGACAUACUGCUUUGCCUGAGUAGCAUCAGGCCCAGGAAAUCCCUCUUUAUGGCUGGCUUUUUCUUUGAUAGACAAACUUCUGUUUUGGUAGGAGGGUCAUACUAGUAAUACACCAUCUUGAGUGCAUUUUUUAUGGAGAUUGUAUAUAAAAUUAUAUAAAUAUAUAAUGUGUUCUAUUUUAAGGCGAGAGGAGCACUACUUAUUGGGGGGAGGGCAAGGAUCAGAUGCAAUAGUGGUGACUAAUAGUGGGAGCUUCAGGUAAGUGGUCCACAUGGGGAAUGGGGGGGAUUUGGGUAGGGAACAGAUGCAAGCCGGGCAGGAUGAGUGGGGGCUCAUGCCCUCUGCACACAUAUAUUAAUAUAAAGAAAACCUAUAUAAAGCUAUCUAUCAUAUCUAUAUAUCUAUAUAUCUAUAUGAAGUCAUAGUUUGAUUUAUUUUUGUACCUGUACUUAGAGAUGCUUUGAGCAGUAUCACCUUCCCCAGGUGGCCUGGGGUGCUAGCUCAUGCCUUGAUGCCACCUCUUUUUCCAUCCUUUCUGAGAUACACUCAAUGUUUAAAGCUGCUUGGAUCUUUCUGAUAGAAAUGUGUAUAUAUGAACAAACUAAACUCAUUUGCAGAAAGGACAAGUGAGCUAUAGGUUGUGGGGAGCUUCUGGAUCUAUAACCCCAAAGAACCUGGAUCUUUAUGUCUCCUGCCAGGAGGGUUCUAUGCCUGGAACUGUUUGGCAGAGAUGCUGUAUAUAGCAAGGACGAUGGAGAACUGGGCACUCCAUGAAUCCAUCUCCUUAUGGUUGUGUGUUGGUACCCACUUCUUUGGAAGAAAUCCAGCUUAGCUGCUUGUAAAGAGGGAGGUCAGAUUAAUCACCUUGGGCUUCCAGUAACACCUGUCCUGGUUUGUAGCACCUGGGCUCAAGCGGUGCGGUGAUGAGAUUUUGAGGCUAACUGUGUGGGCUCAGUCUUGGAGAAGCUACACCCUGGUAAUUAUUGCUGCAGAUUCUUGGAACCAGUGUGAAUGUGAUAUCUAUUAUAAAUAUAGCAUCUAUGCUUUUUCUUCAUUUAUUUUUAAUGGGAAAAUAGAGUGUUGUUGGAAAUGGAGCAGUCCAAUCCUGGGACAUUGAGUAGAGGAUCAGGAAUGGAAGACUGAUGUUGGGUAAGACUUGAAGGAUGGGUCCUAUUGGUACCUUCCAUCUGGCACUUAGCCUGGGUCUGUGAAACAGACAAUAUAUUGGAAGAAUGUGACUCAGGAUGGGAGGUUCUGGGAGCAGGAGUUCAUUUGUGUUUGAGUGGAAAGCUUUAUGUACUCUGAAGAAUACCUCUCUGAGAAUUCAAGACCUCACAUGUGCUGCAAGGACCACAUGCCUUGCUGCCUCAGCUGGUGUCUCCUGGUGCUAGCUUUUUCUUCUGAUGUGCCAAGUGAUCAGAGUGAUGUGCCUGAAGCUGGUGCAUGGCCAGAUGGUGCAGGAGCCUGGAGAGACAGCUGUUGUCUCUCUACUCCUUCUGCUCCCCACUCAAGAAAAGGCAAAUUUAUCUAACCAAAACAUGAUGUCCAAGAGCUCUUAUCUCACUUGCCUCAACCAUGGGAAAGGUUCUCUUUGUUUGGGAAUAUAGGCAGAGUAGGGUGGAAUGGAGUUUAAGCAUGGCUUCCCUGUGAUGAUCUGCUCAAAACACCAUUUUCCAAGGACACUACAGGAAAACAGGCUCUGUCCAUGCAGUCCUGGAUGGCUCCAGAACUGGCUCUAACUGACAGUGUGUCUAGUCUUUCCUGUAGCCUACUGAGGAGGCUAAAGGUGGAUACAAACAGGUAUUUCUUGGAACUUUUCUAGGAGAUUGAGCAGGAAUAGCAAAAUCUGUGUACCUUCCUAAACCACUGAAGAUGGUGAUUCUAUUACUGUCCUUUUGGUUCUUAGAGCCCACACUCUCUCUUUGUAUGGUAGACUCUGUCUCAUUUCUGGUCGUAUGAUGCCAGCAGAGUCAAGCACUUUAGCAUCAGAGGGCUUAUACUACAUAGGUUUCUCUAACACUCUGUUAUUUCCAUGCUAAGCCAAAGGCUUGGUCCUGAGAGACCGCAACAGUACGAGAUUGCCAUCCUGUUUCAUGAUGCCCAAGCAGACCCUUCAUUGUCUAGAAAAGGGAAGACAGGGAUAUAUCCCUUCCCUUGAAGUUUUAGUGUUUGAGGAAGACAUAAUUUACCUAAUGCCCUUUCUGUGACCCAGACCUCACCAAGAUGGUACAAGGGUAGACAUUGGAGGAGAAGGGAACUGUGGCCUAGCAUCAGUUUCCUAUUUUUUGUGAGGGCACAUGGAGCAAAGUGGGUUGAGAUCUGAUUGUAUAUGGAGUAGGCAAGCUAUCUUGUCUUUGAAUCCUUCAGUUAAUGGGACAGGUGUUUGAAUGGGGUGCUCUAUAAAGCCACUGCCAGGACUGAACUGUUUUGUGUGCUGGUGACUCAUCUUGGUCCACAGGGUGUGGAAGGCUAUUGACUUGGGGAGCUCUUCUCUUUUGCCAGAAUCUAGGGGGAAUCUAAAGAGAUUUUAAAAAAAGUUUUGCUACUUCUGUCUUCUGUAUGGAACAAGAGUAGGGAGACAAAUCUCCUAAGGGUUGGUGUGCCUCUCUCCUUUUCACCACUGUCCCCAACCAGGAACUUGGGGGAAAGGGGUGCAUCCACUGUUUCUUGGUUUCUGGCUGGACCCUCCCACGUUUUGCUGUAGAUACUGAUGUGGAACCAUUUUGAGCAAUAUAAAAGCAUGAGGUUGGGAGCCGAUGAAUCUACACACUCUACUCCCUGUGGCUGAGUGGUUGAUCGUGAUGUUGGCAUAUGGGGAGGUCUGUCCUGUUGUUGAUGAAGUGACUAGUGCUCAGUUCAGGGACUGGGAGGGAUUGUUCUAUGAAAUAAUCUUGAUGUUGGAACUUCACACUGAGGCGUUGGAAGGGGAGCAGUGAACCAGUGCUCAAUUGACUGAAUUGUACACAUCAAUAUCAGAAAGCCUUGAAGCUCCAUUCAGAUUUAAUUUCCUAACUGCCGUUUGUGGGGCCAGAGAUUGAGAGUGCAGACAGGGUGUGCUUUCCUAAGUGACCUGUCCUUAUACAGUCCCUGACUGAAUAGACAGUGUCCUGCUUUGGAUAGCAACCCUAGGUUCCUUUUUUUAUCUUCACCUUCCCUCUUACCAGGAGGGACUAUAUUAUCUUGGAUGUGUUUCUUCCAUCUCUCACAAAGGCAGUGAGUGGAAGUGGAGGGGGGUCCUGAUGCUCCCUGCCAGGUACCUCACAGACUGCGUAUGUCCAGAUGCCUGACAACCUCUUGCUGUUAGUUCUAAUGCAUCUGGACAUGACUCUUGUCAUGAGAUUUCUUGCUCUCAUUUCAAACUUUUUCUUCCUUUGACUUUCUUUGGGGUUCUCCUCCUCCAUGCCAGGUCUUCUUGUGAAGAUCAAUCAGACCUCAUUUCCAUUUCUCGAAUGUUGAGUAUUACAACAUCACUGCUCUAGGGUGCUUUAUGGUGCUGCUCCUGAAAAGGCCAGCUGGACGGAAUCAGUCACCUUCGUCCCACUGGUUCCUUAGAUUUUGCUGUAUUUUGUCUCUAUUAGAUGUUUUCCCUAGGGGGUUGGGGUGGGAGAUUUAGGGGUGGCUUUUGUGUUCUCUCUCUCUUUCUCCUCUCUUCCUCCCUCAUUCUUCCUCUCUCCCUUCCCCCUUUUCUUUCUCUCCUCUGUCCUCUUUCUCUCUGUCUGUCUGUCUGUCUGUCUGUCUGUAUGGACUGGUUAAAGUCAGUUAUCAUGGGCGGCUGACUUUGGUUCCAAAUUAAAGAUAAACCAACACAUUGUACAGCUGUGCACAAAACACCUUUGAGUGUGAAUCUGAAUGGCAACUAGAGGCUUACUUUUUGAACUUCAGGUAUGUAACUGAAAAGUAAAUAAAAACACUAUUUUUUCAGUAAGCUUUUUUUUUUGUUCUGAAAGAUUACUUAGAAAUCAAAUUAUAUGAACAUUAAAUUGGUGCUGUACCAAAGCCUUAUGACAUAUUCUACACUGUAUAUUCUGUCUCUGGGGAGCUCCCUGCUCCAUCACUCUCUUAAAAGCCUGGGAAUGCCAGCGUGUGCCAAGCCUAGGGCUGGGUCCUGGGGACCUGUGGGCCAAGGGGACCCCUGAGAGCAGAGGAUGAUGGUGGAGGUGGGGUACUCUUCUGCUGUCUGAGCAGUUGCUGAAGGGAAACCAGGCAUGGGUGUGGCAUGCAUGUGCAUGCAUGCGUGUGCGCAAGGUCGCUGGUGCACAGUGCCAAAGUGAACAUACUAACUGGGGUUUGAAGGGGAGACCCAGGUUGGCCUGGGAGUGGGGUGGCUGUGGGAUUGAGGGCUGUGCUCCCUCUUGGUUCCCAUCUUUCCUUUCUUCUCAGUUAGUAGUGGAGGUAUGUCAGAAACAACUACGCUCAACCAGGUGCUUUCUUCCUCAAAAUUCUCCAAAUUCUAAAUAUUUAUGAAGGGCCUGUCCAUGGGGCAGACACCUCAGCUACCAAAUCACAGUCGCCUAAGGCUGGGAGAAGCCUUUUUUUUUUUUUUUUUUUUUUAAUCUCCAGCCUUCUCCUGAUUUCUUGACAUGGGUUCCUCCAGGGUCUCUGCCCCUCCUGUACCUGGCCUUGGGCCUGCUAGUUGCCACCCCUCCAAGUGGACUCCUUAGCCCACUGAGAAGACCCCACAGCUGGUGACCCAUAAACCGUAACCGCUCCAUGGUCCUAAGCAAUAAUGCCUGACCUGGCUGCUGAGGACAGUGAUUCCUUUGGCUUCAGACUUGCCAUUGUAAAGCUGAGCGAAAACCUAGAAUCAUUUGGGAGAGAAUCUGUAGUCUGCCUUGGCCCAGACUGUCACACCAGGCUCCACCCACUGGUACUUUCAGGCUUGCUAAAUACUAACCGACUCAUCACUAGUAACACUGCAUGUUCAUAUCCUGAAAAAGAAACAAACAAGCAAACAGUACAUGAACAAACACAGGAAAAGAGAGAGAAAGAAGGCACAUCCAACAACUAGAUGUGUAGCCAGUGAAGGUAACCCUGGGAAUGUUGCAAGUUAAACGGAUCUAAAAAAAACUUAGUAUUUAAUUGCUUCUCAUGUAACAUUACUCUGCUUCAGAAAUGUUUUGUAUUUUGAUAUAAAUAAACAUUUGCUUAA